GAAGUCCGCUUUCCUUUCACUUGCCGUUGCAACCGCCAACCUCCAAAAAAAAAAACCAAAAUGGUGCACUGGACCCACGAAGAGCGUGCUGCUAUCACCGGCGUCUGGGGCAAGGUCGACCAUGACUGCGCUGGCACGGAAACCCUGGUCAGGUUGCUGGUUGUGUACCCUUGGACCCAGAGGUAUUUCAGCAGCUUCGGUAACAUGUCCAGCGUGUCUGCCAUCGCUGGAAACCCUAAGGUGGCUGCUCACGGCAAGAAGGUGCUCGGGGCUCUCGGCAAGGCCAUCGAUAACCUGGACAACAUCAAGCAGACCUACACCGCCCUGAGUGAGCUGCACUCCGACAAGCUCCACGUCGACCCCGAGAACUUCAGGCUCCUGGGUGACACUCUGAUUGUGGUCCUGGGCAACAAGUUGGGCGCUGCCUUCACCCCCGAAAUCCACGCCGCCUGGCAGAAGUUUAUGGCUGUGGUUUGCGCUGCCCUCGCCCGACAGUACCAUUAAGCCCGCUGAAGACCUCGGGCCGCCACUUGCAUUCCAUCUCAUGGCCUCAGGUCCGCCUGUGUGACGUGCUGCCCUUGAUUUUCAGAACUGCCUGUGUGUUACAGUCUAUACAGAGGAGAUGUAAUAAAUAAAAGUUUAUUCUUAACACAAA